UUGGAGUCUACUGAUGCAUCGACCACUUUUGCACGGCAUUUGACGGAGGGCGAUUCAGAGUCAGAAUAAAACGCGAGGAACGCUUCGUUAAAGUUUGGAAAUGAGAUUGUUCACCGGUUAAGGAACGAGUCUUAUUAAUUGCCCCCCUCCCUCCCUCCCUCCUCCUCCUCCUCCUCCUCCUCAACCAUGAUGAAGAAAAUGAUGAAGCGACUGUUGCGCGCAAGUGUUUUCCUCUGGGCCGUCCUGCUCAUGUUUACCUUCAUCGAGAUUUCAAAAGCAGAGUGCGACAAUAAUGGCCAGUGUAUGCACCUUAAAACAAUACGAAUCACAACAACAACAGUCAACUUCACUUUCCCAAGCUGCAACUUAACCAUUGAAAACCAAACUUUUGAAAAAGGAGUAGCAACUGGAUUGACUCCUGGGGCCAAUUAUGAAGUCAACUUAAGUUGUUUCAAUUGCUGCAAAACUAUCACAAUGAAGCCUGAAGUAGUCAGGAACCUUAUUGUCACUGACUUGACAGCAUCCUCUGUGUCUCUGAGCUGGAUUGAGCCAGAGGGAAACAGCUCCUUCUAUAGAGUAAAGUGGACUGAUGGUGAACGUAAUGGAGAAGAAGAUGUGAAUGAAACCAAUGGCACCGUUACUAACCUAACAGCUGGGACCCAUUAUGAGCUAACUGUUACUGCAUUUGCAGAUGAUGAAGAAACCCCUGGAAAUAACUCCACUGUUCAUCAGUAUACAAAGCCUGAAGUAGUCAGGAACCUUACUGUCACUGGAAUCACAACAACUUCUGUGUCUCUGAGCUGGAUUGAGCCAGAGGGAAACAGCUCCCACUAUAAAGUAGAGUGGACUAAUGGAAGUGACUCUAAGACAAAUCAAACACAUGAAUCUUAUAUUACCAUUCCUGAUCUGACUCCUGGAGUGCUGUAUACAUUCAGAGUCAAAGCUGCCACUGAUCAGGACAAAACUGAAGGAAACAGCGUAAAUGUGUCUCAGUAUACAAAGCCUGAAGUAGUCAGGAACCUUACUGUCACUGGAAUCACAACAACUUCUGUGUCUCUGAGCUGGAUUGAGCCAGAGGGAAACAGCUCCCACUAUAAAGUAGAGUGGACUAAUGGAAGUGACUCUAAGACAAACCAAACACAUGAAUCUUAUAUUACCAUUCCUGAUCUGACUCCUGGAGUGCUGUAUACAUUCAGAGUCAAAGCUGCCACUGAUCAGCACAAAACUGAAGGAAACAGCGUAAAUGUGUCUCAGUAUACAAAGCCUGAAGUAGUCAGGAACCUUACUGUCCCUGGAAUCACAACAACUUCUGUGUCUCUGAGCUGGAUUGAGCCAGAGGGAAACAGCUCCCACUAUAAAGUAGAGUGGACUAAUGGAAGUGACCCUAAGACAAAUCAAACACAUGAAUCUUAUAUUACCAUUCCUGGUCUGACUCCUGGAGUGCUGUAUACAUUCAGAGUCAGAGCUUUGACUGAUCAGGACAAAACUGAAGGAAACAGCGUAAAUGUAUCCCAGUAUACAGAGCCUGAAGUAGUCAGGAACCUUACUGUCACUGGAAUCACAACAACUUCUGUGUCUCUGAGCUGGAUUGAGCCAGAGGGAAACAGCUCCCACUAUAAAGUAGAGUGGACUAAUGGAAGUGACUCUAAGACAAACCAAACACAUGAAUCUUAUAUUACCAUUCCUGAUCUGACUCCUGGAGUGCUGUAUACAUUCAGAGUCAAAGCUGUGACUGAUCAGCACAAAACUGAAGGAAACAGCGUAAAUGUGUCGCAGUAUACAAAGCCUGAAGUAGUCAGGAACCUUACUGUCACUGGAAUCGCAACAACUUCUGUGUCUCUGAGCUGGAUUGAGCCAGAGGGAAACAGCUCCCACUAUAAAGUAGAGUGGACUAAUGGAAGUGACUCUAAGACAAAUCAAACACAUGAAUCUUAUAUUACCAUUCCUGAUCUGACUCCUGGAGUGCUGUAUACAUUCAGAGUCAAAGCUGUGACUGAUCAGCACAAAACUGAAGGAUACAGCGUAAAUGUGUCGCAGUACACAAAGCCUGAAGUAGUCAGGAACCUUACUGUCACUGGAAUCACAACAACUUCUGUGUCUCUGAGCUGGAUUGAGCCAGAGGGAAACCGCUCCCACUAUAAAGUAGAGUGGACUAAUGGAAGUGACUCUAAGAUUAAUCAAACACAUGAAUCUUAUAUUACCAUUCAUGAUCUGACUCCUGGAGUGCUGUAUAAAUUCAGAGUCAGAGCUGCCACUGAACAGGACAAAACUGAAGGAAACAGCGUAAAUGUGUCUCAGUAUACAAAGCCUGAAAUAGUCAAGAACCUUACUGUCACUGGAAUCACAACAACUUCUGUGUCUCUGAGCUGGAUUGAGCCAGAGGGAAACAGCUCCCACUAUAAAGUAGAGUGGACUAAUGGAAGUGACUCUAAGACAAACCAAACACAUGAAUCUUAUAUUACCAUUCCUGGUCUGACUUCUGGAGUGCUGUAUACAUUCAGAGUCAGAGCUGUGACUGAUCAGGAAAAGACUGAAGGAAACAGCAUAAAUGUGUCUCAGUAUACAAAGCCUGAAGUAGUCAGGAACCUUACUGUCACUGGAAUCACAACAACUUCUGUGUCUCUGAGCUGGAUUGAGCCAGAGGGAAACAGCUCCCACUAUAAAGUAGAGUGGACUAAUGGAAGUGACUCUAAGAUUAAUCAAACACAUAAAUCUUAUAUUACCAUUCCUGAUCUGACUCCUGGAGUGCUGUAUACAUUCAGAGUCAAAGCUGUGACUGAUCAGCACACAACUGAAGGAAACAGUGUAAAUGUGUCUCAGUAUACAAAGCCUGAAGUAGUCAGGAACCUUACUGUCACUGGAAUCACAACCACUUCUGUGUCUCUGAGCUGGAUUGAGCCAGAGGGAAACAGCUCCCACUAUAAAGUAGAGUGGACUAAUGGAAGUGACUCUAAGACAAAUCAAACACAUGAAUCUUAUAUUACCAUUCCUGGUCUGACUCCUGGAGUGCUGUAUACAUUCAGAGUCAAAGCUGCGACUGAUCAGCACAAAACUGAAGGAUACAACGUAAAUGUGUCUCAGUAUACCAAGCCUGAAGUAGUCAGGAACCUUACUGUCACUGGAAUCAUAACAACUUCUGUGUCUCUGAGCUGGAUUGAGCCAGAGGGAAACAGCUCCCACUAUAAAGUAGAGUGGACUAAUGGAAGUGACUCUAAGACAAAUCUAACACAUGAAUCUCAUAUUACCAUCCCUGAUCUGACUCCUGGAGUGCUGUAUACAUUCAGAGUCAGAGCUGUGACUGAUCAGCACAAAACUGAAGGAAACAGCGUAAAUGUGUCUCAGUAUACAAAGCCAGGUUUGAUUGGAGCAAGUAGUGUUUCUCAGACAACCUCUUCAGUCUCGCUAAACUGGACCAAACCAGCCGGGGGAGUGUUGAAGUACAGGGUGGAGUGGCACAAUGGUGGAACAAUAAUGUCCGAAACUACAAAUAACACCUUUGUCAUCAUAACUGACCUGAUCGCUGGCACCAACUACACAAUGAGAGUCAUUGCCAUUGCCGAAGACAACCAAACAGAAGGAGGUCCUCGCAUCUUCAGCGUUGUCACAACCCCUGAUGUUGUCAGGAACCUCAGCAUUACUGAAAUCACAACAUCCUCUGUGGCCCUGAGCUGGAAUGAGCCAGAGGGCAACGCCACAUCGUAUGUAGUUGAGUGGAUGACAGCAGGACAACCUGCUAGUAGAAUCAGCAAUGAUACAGCCUUCACCAUCAUCCAGUUGAUUGCUGGAUUUCAGUACAACAUAACAGUUGCUGCUAUCGCUGGAAAUUGGUCAAAUGAGGGGGCAAAGGCCUUUGUAACAACUUUCACACGGCCUGAGAAGCCUGAAAACAUUGAGGUCACAGCGAGGGGAAUAAAUUAUCUAAGAAUUGAAUGGACGCUGCCUGGUGGGAAUGUUGACCAUUAUCAGGUGCACAUCUCAAACCGGGAGCUAAACUUCCAGCAACACAAUUCAACAGAGGUCACCAUGGUCAGCUUUAGUGCUUUAAAGCCUGGCAGGAUCUAUGAGAUCUCAGUGACUGCUGUGGCUGGAAACGUCAGCACCGCAUCUGACAAUGUGUCAGAGGCCACCGUUCCCACUCGUCCUGGUGAUGUCAUUAUCAGUCAGAAGACCAACAAUUCUCUCCAUUUGGAGUGGACAACUCCUGUCUUUAUGGAGGGUGCCUCAGAUGUCAGAUACAACAUAUCCUACCAGCCCAAAGGCGGCGCAGUACAGAGUAAAAACUCCUCGUCCAAUAGCGCAGUCUUAUCCUCACUGUCUUCUGGAACCUUUUACAAUAUCUCAGUGGAAACAGUCGGACCCCAAGGCCUAAGGAGUGCAGCUGUCUGGAAUUCUACCUACACAAUUCCCAACCCUGUGCUGAACCUUAUAGCCACUCCUGAGAACACCGACUCAGUAAAACUACAAUGGUCAGAGCCACAGGACGUGCAGACUUAUUACACAUACAGGGUUGAAACUAGUAACACCGCAGCAACGCCUGUUAACAAUAUAGCCAACUCUAACAGCACUGUGGUAACUGGCCUGGAACCGGGAACGAGAUACAAUUUCAAUGUCUCUACAGUAGCAGCCCCAGGAAGUGAAUCUACUAUGGAGCAAGCAUUCAGUUACACAUUGCCUAAAGCGGUGACCAACCUAAUAGUUUCGGAUCUGAAUACCUCUGCCAUCCUGUUGACAUGGAACAGGCAGAAUGACCAUAAGCCUACAUAUUCCUAUCUGGUGAUUGCACUAAAGGACAUAGAGGUGGUGCACAAUGUAUCAACCGACACAGAGAUGUACAUCUUCACUAAUCUCACGCCUGGGGAAAUCUACAUCUUCCGGGUGUUUGUGGUUGUAGAUGGAGUCAAGUCCGCCGUCCAAAUCACAACAAGCCACACAAAGCCCGGGACAGUGUCUAAAAUAAUUGUCACAACCACCACUUCAGACAUAUCUGUGAGUUGGACAGCAGCAGUUGGCCAGGUGGAUUCUUAUUCUGUGCUGCUGUACAGAGGCGGCCAGUUGGAAUCAAACCAAUCAAACCUGAUCAAUACCACAUUAAAUGUGUUAUUUGAAGGCUUGAAACCAGGAACGUGGUACAGCGUCAAGGUCGUCACCACAAGUGGCCCUUUCUCUGACACUGAAAUUGCACCACGUGUUCACAACGCCACUUUUCCAAACCCUCCUGGCCCCAUCAUGGUGAAGUCCCAGACCCCCGAAUCCAUCAAUAUUAGCUGGGCCUUACCAGAGGGGAUGGAAUUGAUUGAUCACAACUUCACAGUGUUCUAUACGAACCAGAAAAACACAACCACAAACAACUGGUUCCUACUGGAGAACCUCCAAUCUGGAACAGCCUAUAACAUCACUGUAAUAACAAUAGGUGUGAAUGGCUACCAGAGCACACCAGUAACAAUAAAAAAUUAUACCAGACCAUACUCUGUAAGCUUAUUGAGGCAGGCAGGCAUCUCCCUCACAGAGGUGACCUUAGUGUGGGAUCAGCCAGAGAGUAAAUCGGGCUAUUCUUACUCUGUGGAGCUCAAACAGUCAGCUGAUGGCUCAUGUCUUAAAUGUGCAAUAGUCUUCAACACCACAUUUUCUGUCAGUGGGCUUGUAUCUGGGACCAACUACACAUUCACUGUUACCACACAAACAGCAGAUGGCACCCAAGCAACUCCAGUGAAAGUGUUUUGUUUCACAAGGCCGUAUAAUAUCAGUGGGUUGGCGGCAAACACCCUCAACACAACCGCCAUAUAUCUGAACUGGACAAAGCCACACCAGUACAAGAAUGGCUACAAAUAUCGAGUUGAAACCACUGGCUGUGCCUACCAAAAUCAAACAUUGGAAGCUGAAGAAACAAAGAUAUCAGAGCUCACACCUGGAACCAAAUGCAAGUUCUGUGUCUUUGUCAAGGCAGAAGACAGUAUAGAAUCGACAUCAGAUUGCAUUUUCCAGUACACCCAUCCUGAGGCGGUGCAACCUGUCAUUUCCAAUAUUGGCUCCAAUAGUACAAUCCUGGUAUCGUGGGCAGCUCCCUUAGGGAAUGUGGAGCAUUACAUGGUGUCUCUUAACAGCAGUUACCAAGUUUUUUCUCCGGUGGAGCUUAACUCCCCCAGUACAUCCGUUCAGUUUGACAGCCUUUCAGCAGGGAGACUGUAUACAUCCAUGGUGAGCACAACAAGUGGACCAUUCACUGCCCAGUCUGGAUAUGUUACGAAUGCAACUUCACCUAAUUCACCAGGACCUAUUAGUAUCCUGAUGAAGACCACCAGCUCCAUUUGGAUAGAGUGGAAGGAAGCACACCUGAUGGCCAAUGCCUCAUUCCAUUACAUAGUGGGUACUGUGAAAUCCCUCGGAACCGAACACACUGUCAUGACCAACAACACCAAUCAUGUCUUUUCCAACCUGUCUUCUGGCACUCCCUACAACAUUUCUGUGGCAACAAUUGGACCAAUGGGCUUCAAGAGUGAAGAGGUCUGCAGUCACAUGGUCACUACAAGACCAGAGAGUGUAAAGUCUCUAGAAGCUUUCCCAGAAGAGGAAAGCGUGACGCUAAGGUGGAUUAAGCCUGAUGACUACAAACAAAGCUAUCACUACUAUCUGACUUGGGGUCACUCAACUGGACCUAUCAGCAACAAGGAAACAACUGAGAACGCUGAGUUUAGCAUCACAGAGCUGAUCCCUGGCAGCCCAUAUGACUUUAAUGUCACCACAGAGACUGUUGAUGAAACAAAGGCUGACCCAGUGUCAAUUUACAGUUGCACAAAUGCUAGCCCAGUGUCUAACCUUCGCUGUCACAGUGCAAAUGGUACCGAGGCCAAGGUAGUUCUGUCCUGGAGUAAACCCAAAGGUCGCAGCUCAAGCUUUCUUGUCAUUGUGGAGGACAGUAAUAAUAAUACUGUGGAGGGCAACGUCGAGACGAAUAAUGUUCGCCAAGAGACUUCAACUUGUAACCCUGACUGUUAUCACACUGUAUCUAACCUGAAGCAUUACACCGAGUACAACAUAAUGGUGAAGACACAGAGCUGUGGCAAACCCAGCACUUUCACAUCCCAAACCUGUAUGACUGGCAUCACAGACCCACCCAUCCCAGGAAACUAUGAGUCAAUGGUCAAAUUGGCUGAAAUCAAACACAACAUGUUCUCAAUUCAGAUUAACGCAAGCCUGCUGAAUUCCACCAAUGGGCCAGUCACCCAUUAUGGGGUGCUGGUGACAAACAACAGCACCAUAGCCUCGAUAGACGACGCAUCUAAUCUUAAGCAGUACUUAAUGAACACCUAUCAACAAUGGAGUGAAGACGCUGCACCAGCAUACCUGGCAACAGUCAGAAACAACCCCAGCCACAGCCGCAGUGGAGGAAACCAUCUGACUGUAGACAUAGGGGAUGGCAGUGUAUGGAAGGGCUAUACAAAUGGUGCUCUGAAGACCAGUCAAGAGUAUCGUUAUGCAGUUGUGCUAUUCACCCAUUUGAGUUUGCUGCCAAAUGACGAAAUCGUGGAUGCAAAAUCAUCGUUGGUCUCAACAACGGCCUUCUAUUCAGCUCAAGUCAAUAUCCCAUCUGACAAUGCUGUCAUUUUCAUCGCUGUUGGAGCAACGCUGGGAAUAUUUUGUGUCCUCAUCAUUAUCGUCAUUGGCUUUAUCAUCUACUGGAAGAGAUUAUCAAUGAAGGAAUCCUCUGACAUCCAGAUUCAUUCAAUGAGAGCCAAAGUGAAUAUGGCUAUAAGGGUGGAGGACUAUGAGACCUACUACAGGAAGCAGAAAGCAGAUUCCAACUGUGGCUUUGCUGAAGAGUUUGAGGACCUGAAGCAUGUUGGCACAGCCCAGGCAAAGACAAGUGCUCUGCAUUUGGAAAACAAGCCCAAGAACCGCUACAACAAUGUGCUGCCCUAUGACUCCUCUAGAGUGAGGCUCUCUAUCAAUGGGAGUCCAUUUGAUGACUACAUCAAUGCUAACUACAUCCCGGGAUACAACUCCAGGAAGGAGUUUAUUGCGGCCCAGGGUCCUUUACCAUGCACAGUCAAUGAGUUCUGGCGGAUGAUCUGGGAGAAGAACGUACAGACUCUGGUCAUGCUGACCCGAUGCAAUGAACAGGGACGGGUAAAAUGUGAGCGAUACUGGCCUUCUACAACCAAGCCGUUUGAGAACAUCACUGUGACAACCACUUCUGAAAUACCACUUGAAGACUGGACCAUCAGGGACUUUGACAUCAAAAAUGUUAAAACAGCAGAAACUCGUUCUGUGCGUCAUUUCCAUUUCACCGCCUGGCCAGACCAUGGGGUUCCAGAGACCACCGAGCUCCUCAUCAACUUCAGACACUUAGUCAGAGAGCACAUGGAUCAAUACUCCAGAAACUCGCCCACUGUGGUCCACUGCAGUGCUGGUGUGGGACGAACAGGUACCUUUAUUGCUAUUGACCGUCUGAUCUUCCAGAUUGAGAGGGAUAGCAUGGUGGAUGUGUACGGUAUCAUCCAUGACCUGCGCAUGCAUCGGCCCCUCAUGGUACAGACAGAGGACCAGUAUGUGUUCCUCAAUCAGUGUGCAAUGGACAUCAUCCGAUCAAGAACUGGAACGAAUGUGGACUUAAUCUACCAAAACACUGCUGCACUCAAUAUUUAUGAGAAUGUAGAGCCCAGGAGUGGUUCACACAGAAAUGGUUACCACAAUGCAUAAAUUGGCCAGGAGCACCAGUCCUCUCUUUUGUUCUCAGCAAGAUGCUGAGGAGAGGUCAACAAAAAGAAGACUUUAAAGAGAUUUAAUUUAUUUUUUAUACUCGACCAUUUACACUCUAGCCAACAUUCCUCUAGAUGUAUACCUCUAUUUGCUAUUUAUUUAACAGUUGUUGAAAAUGUAAGGGAAGUGUACACGAAGAUGAUUUUAAUGAAAAGACACUAUCCACUCAUCGAAAAUAAUUUGAAUGUAAAAGAUAUGGCAGAAUUUUAUUUCUUAUAUUUGCAUAUUUUUGUAUUACAAGAUGUUUUUUUUAUUUCUGCUUGCUUGCUUUAUGCUUUAUUGAAGAUAAUAGUCUACUCAGGUAAUAUUAUGUUAGAUUGUAUAGGUAUUGUAAGAGACGUGUUGUUUCGAUAAAAAGAGAAAGGUCAGAUUUUCAUCAUUGUUUGGCACACAGGAGGCAAUAAAAGAAUGACAAUAAUUGAAGUCCUCUGUGCCCCUUCAGAACCCAUAAACCAGUAGGUUAGACACUUUUGUUAUGGGGGAUCAUAGCCAAAGUUGGAAAAGACACACUCAACCUUUUUCUGAGGAGCUGAAGAUUGAUUGUUUCAGCAGUCAAAUUUUUUGUAAAGAGUUUGUUUUACAGGUGCGUGCGGGCAGCGUGGUAGUCUAUUCCGUUCCCUACCAACACAGGGAUCGCCUGUUUUAAUCUCCGUGUUGCCUCUGGCUUGGUCGGGCGUCCCUACAGACACAAUUGGCCGUGUCUGCGGGUGGGAAGCCGGAUGUGGGUAUGUAUCCUGGUCGCUGCACUAGCGCCUCCUCUGGUUGGUCGGGGCGCCUGUUCAGGGGGGAGGGGGAACUGGGGGGAAUAGCGUGAUCCUCCCACGCGCUACGCCCCCUGGUGACACUCCUCACUGUCAGGUGAAAAGAAGUGGCUGGCAACUCCACAUGUAUUGGAGGAGGCAUGUGGUAGUCUACAGCCUCCCCGGAUCGGCUGAGGGGGUGGAGCAGCGAUCGGAAUGGAAGAGUGGAGAUUAAUUGGCUGUAUACAGUUGAGGAAAAAAAGAGGGAAAAUUCCAACCAAAAAAAAGCAAAAAAAGCUUGUUUUAGAGUCUUUUAUUUGAUCUGCAUUUGUAUGCACUGUUCUUAGUAUUGCACUGGAUGCAUAUAUCAUCUAUAUUGUCUAUUCUAAAGCUUUUUAUAGUAGAUGUAAAAAGUCAAUGUUGUAAAUAUUGAGUAAUGAAAAACUAAUAGAAAGGCGCAUUGUGAAAAUACUUGAGAGGUUAGGACACGCUCCUGAGGAUGUGAGAGAUUGUCUUGGAUUGUGGUGGACGUUGACACUGAAUGGUCGGCCUAAACAACUCAGGAACUCAAGUAAUGGCAUGUAUGAGGCGAAUCUGUCAUUUACAAACGUGCUGCUUGAAAACCCAUUCCAGUGCCUAAACUUGCUUUUACUCGGAAGGACUGAAAAGUAACACUCAUUGUUUUGUUUGUCAUUAUCUUUAAUUUCGUAGUAACAUUAUGUCACUUCCUGCUGCACAUCUCAUAUAUCUACAAACAUUCCUGCAAUGUUUGGAGGGACAUUAAGUUCAUUUUCAGCUCCAUAAAAGGGCACAUCUCUUUCAUGAGGUUUCUUUGUGGAUAUCUUGUGGCUUAUUUAAAGCCAAUUAGUUUUUUCUUGUCUUUGUAUCAUUGCAUAAAUUACUUAAGGACGAUAUACAGUUUAUAUCUAUUUAGUUUAAAAAAGGGGCAAAUUUUCACAAGGUUUUACUGUGGGUGGGUGAAAUCUAUUUGCUGAUACAAUGCCAAAGGCAGAAAGAAUGACAUAUUCAAAAUCCUUGCUCUGUUUAACAAAAUACAAUUAAAUAUAAUAGCCUAUGAUGCCUUUU